AUGUCCGCCGCACAGCUUCUGAACCCGAAAGCCGAAUCGAGAAGGCGGGGUGAAGCGCUGCGGGUCAACAUCACCGCGGGUGAGGGCCUUCAAGAUGUGCUCAAAUCCAACCUUGGCCCGUUGGGCACGAUAAAGAUGUUGGUGGAUGGUGCCGGCCAGAUUAAAUUGACCAAAGAUGGAAAUGUCCUCCUCCGCGAGAUGCAAAUACAAAACCCGACCGCGGUAAUGAUUGCCCGGGCAGCGACAGCGCAAGAUGAUAUUUGUGGUGAUGGUACAACGUCGGUGGUGUUGCUGGUGGGCGAACUACUGAAGCAGGCCGAUCGCUAUAUUCAAGAGGGCUUGCACCCCCGUAUCAUUACAGACGGUUUUGAGAUCGCCAAGAAUGAGGCGUUGAAGUUUCUUGACCAGUUUAAGCUCCCCCGGGAGGUCGACCGCGAGUUGCUGCUGUCCGUCGCCCGGACUUCCCUUGCCACCAAGCUCCCCGCCACUCUUGCUCAGAGUUUGACACCCGACAUCGUCGAUGCCGUGCUUGCUAUUUACCAGGCCCCGGCCAAGCCCGACCUGCACAUGGUGGAGAUCAUGAAGAUGCAGCACCGCACCGCAUCUGAUACUCAGCUCAUCCGUGGCCUUGCCCUCGACCACGGCGCGAGGCAUCCUGACAUGCCGACCCGUGUCGAAAAUGCCUACAUCCUCACCCUCAACGUCAGCUUGGAAUACGAAAAGUCGGAGAUUAAUUCGAGCUUCUUCUACUCCAGCGCAGAGCAGCGGGACAAGCUUGUCGAGAGCGAGCGCCGCUUCGUUGAUGCCAAGUUGAAGAAGAUCGUGGAACUCAAGAAGGAGGUGUGCGGCAACGAUGGAAAGAAGAACUUCGUCAUUAUCAACCAGAAGGGUAUCGACCCCUUGUCUCUGGACGUAUUGGCCAAGAACGGGAUUUUGGCUCUCAGGCGAGCUAAGCGGAGGAACAUGGAGCGCCUCCAGCUCGUGUGUGGCGGCGUGGCUCAGAACAGCGUGGACGACAUGAACGCCGAUGUUCUCGGUUGGGCAGGUUUGGUUUACGAGCAGCAGCUGGGCGAGGAGAAGUUCACCUUCGUUGAGGAUGUGAAGGAGCCCAAGUCGGUGACUCUUCUGAUUAAGGGCCCCAAUCAGCACACCAUCACCCAGGUGACGGAUGCCGUCCGUGAUGGCCUACGGAGCGUUUAUAACAUGAUUGUGGACGGGAGCGUGGUGCCAGGCGCUGGUGCGUUCCAGGUUGCAUGCGCAUCCCACUUGAAGAGCGAUGCAUUCGCCAAGACAGUGAAAGGGAAGGCCAAGUGGGGUGUUGACGCGUUUGCCGAUGCUCUUCUGAUUAUUCCCAAGACUCUUGCCGCCAACGCUGGCCUGGACAUCCAGGAUGCCCUUGCUACUCUUCAAGAUGAGCACCGGGACGGGAAUGUUGUGGGCCUCGACCUUGCGACAGGCGAGCCGAUGGAUCCCACUCUUGAAGGCGUCUACGACUCAUUCAGGGUACUGAGGAACUGCAUUGCCUCUAGCUGUGGCAUUGCGUCAAACUUGCUCCUUUGCGAUGAAUUACUGAAGGCUCGGCAAAUGGGGCGAUCAGGUGGACCGGACCCUGGUGCCGCGGAAGACACGAUGGCGCCUUAUGACAGUGACUCGUCUGGGGGCGAAGAAGAGGAAUACACAGAGACCAAUGUUCUUCUUGGAUACGCUUCCCCCGACGCCAAUGGCGAGGAAAUCAGCAAACUUGGAGGUUACCCGGACUGGAUCGACACAGAAAAGCCCCCUUCGGCCGCCCUGGCAAAAUGUAAAGUCUGUGAGGACUUGAUGGUUUUGAUGCUGCAACUCAACGCCGAGCUCCCCGAUCGCUUCCCGACACACGAACGAAGGUUAUAUGUUUUCACCUGUAAGAGGAAGAGUUGUCGGAGAAAGGAAGGGAAUAUCCGCGUCAUUCGGGGCGUUCGUGCCACCGCGGAAGCGCCAUCUGCUGCCCCAGAGAAAGAAGCUGAGCCCAAGGACACAACACCCUCGAAUGCGGUAUCGCAGGGUCUUGGUGAAGCACUUUUUGGCGUCAAAUCGACGGCAGCUCCUCGCGCCAACCCGUUCGCUGCACCAUCUACCCCAUCAAGCAAUCCAUUUGCACCCAAAGCGGCAAACACGCCGCCCAGCAGCACAUCCUUCGUAAAGUCACAACCCACGGCUGGGAAGGCGAACCCAUCAUCCCCACCUGUUGUUCAGGAGGUUCCCAGCGACCUCUCCAAAACCUUCGCCGAAACCCUCUCCUUGAACAACCCACAGACCAAAGGCCCUCCGCCUCCCCCUCAACCAUGGCCAGCCCUGUCUGAUCUUCCUACACCUUACCCGAUCCGCUGGCUCGCCGACGCUGAAUACGAAACCCUCGACCCUGUCACGCUACCAAGCGCACCGACCAACCCGGGUGUGAUGGACCUCGAUUCUAAUGAAGCGGGAUCCUCUAGCGGAGGCGGGAAGGAUAAAGAAGACAAGGAAGUCUUCGAGUCCAGUAUGGACGCGACGUUCCAAAAAUUUGCGGACCGCGUGGGGCAGAACUCGGAUCAGUGUAUUCGGUAUGAGUUUUCUGGGCAGCCUUUGCUGUAUUCCAAGGGGGAUGCGGUUGGGAAGUUGCUACAUGGGGCUACAGGUGGACACGAGAAGGUUACAACUAGCACAGGGAUGCCAAGAUGUCCUAACUGUGGUGCGGGCCGGGUGUUUGAGGUGCAGCUGACACCGCAGGCGAUUCAGGAGUUAGAGUGUGAGGAGGAUAGUAUCGAUGGGAUGGACUGGGGCACGGUAAUUGUCGGAGUAUGUGAAAGGGACUGUCAGGAGCGGGGGGUGUUGGUUGGCGAGGCCGGAUAUGUCGAGGAGUGGGCUGGUGUGCAGUGGGAGGAGCUGACCAUGAAGAGGUAG